CUGGGCUAUAUUCGUUCUCCCGGCGUGCUCCGUCUCUCCUCUCAGCGCGACGAUUACGGUAACGCCGUCGCCGCCCUACGGCUCAGAUCUUCGUCGUCAUCUUCUCCGGCAACGAGCACCCAAAGAUGGUGGUCCUUCAACCAGAUCGGUUCCUGAGCGAGCUGACGAGCAUGUACGAGCGGAGCACGGAGAAGGGCUCCGUCUGGGUCACCAUGAAGCGAUCAACUCUCAAGGGCAAGGCACAGUUGCGGAAGAUGGAGAAUAAGGGGCAGGAGGUAGAGCACAGGUGCCUCGUCCGCGCCUCCAAUGGCAAGAAGAACAUCUCCACCUCGGUUUCUCUAAAGGAGUACACAAAGUUUCAAGCUUCAUACGCAACAGUUCUUAAGGCCCAUAUGCAUGCUCUGAAGAAAAGGGAGAGGAAAGACAAGAAGAAGACUGCAGAUGCUGAGAAGGCAAUUGAGACCGCACCCAAGAAGCAGAAGAAAGCAUCUUCAAAGAAAUCUUCAGGGUCCAAGUCAUAAGGCGCUCACAGAACUCAGUGUGUCUUCUCCUUUAUGUUGUUUACCGCCAGACUAAUUAGAGUGUCGUGAAGUUUUACUUAUCUGGUUUUUAUUCGAAUUCGUGUCUGGAAGAUGAAAGCCUGUGAAUACACCUUUAUAGAGCCGUGUCAUCGAUGCUAACAUUUUUUGAAGCAGAGUUUUGAGGUGAAUGUGAGGCGCUGUGCUGCCCUGAUUGGCAUU